AUUUUUGCAAACAUAACAUUACACAACAAAUUAUAUUAAUAACAAUAGAAACCAAUAGUAAUACCAAUAAUAAUAGCAAACAAUUUCAAUGUGAAAUACAGUGAUAUAUUGACGUUAAUAAUACUAAUACCGUAAUAAUAGUGACCACCAAUUGUGAUAAACCCCACCCGAAACCUCCCGCCCGCCCUCCCAUAGCGACCACAACGACAACGAUGAUGACAAUGCAGUCACAGACCAUACAAUACACUACGGAUCAGAUGAUAUGCGAUGAUCUCAAGGCCUUCGAGCGACGGCUAAUGGAAAUUGUGUCCAUCGAAAGGCCGGCCACCCGUCGCUGGCGUAUAAUACUAUUGGUAUCGUCGCUGUCCACUAGUGUUUCGGCAUUCAAUUGGCUAAACGAUCCGCAAACAGCCUAUAUAUCAUUGUUGGACUCAUUGAUUGGUCACUAUUUGUUUACAAUCAAUUGUCUUAUAUUGAUUGCCUUGUUUUCGAUGGGUAUACACAAGCGAGUGGUGGCCACUUCAAUCAUAAUAUCGCGGACCAGACAAGUAUUGGCCGACUUUGCCAUGUCUUGCGAUGACAACGGAAGACUAAUACUGAAGCCGAGACAGCAAAUGAAGAACAAUAUCAUUGAACACUUGAAGAUUUGACAAUUAAUUUAAUAUAAUUAUUAUUACAUUGACUGCUAUUUAUUUUAUUUGUAUUUAUAGUAUAAUUA